CGAUCUAUCAAUUCUUCUUUUCGCUUGUGUGCAGAACAGACGUCCGCCUUGUGUCUCAACUGGACAAUAACCUAAAAAAGGAGUCACGGGUUGCAGUUACAGGUCUAUCCGGCGGAGGAUACCGCUAUAAUGGGUGUUUUGCGCGAAAGUGGACUUUAUAACAGUUUUCAUGCACCGGGUUUCUGAUAAAAACAACACAUUUGACGCCCGCUAACCUAGCUUACGUUAGUCCUCGCAGCUGUCCUAUGGUUUUGGUGUUUUCUCGGUGAGACUUUUUAAGCGAGGGACACAACAAGGAAUCAUAUAGAGAUUCACUUCUAAACUGCAGACAUGUCGGGGGCGUCUGUAAAAGUCGCUGUUCGUGUUCGGCCCUUCAAUUCGAGGGAGACGAGCAAGGAGUCAAAAUGUAUCAUACAGAUGCAAGGCAACACAACAACUAUUCUCAACCCCAAAGCCCCAAAGGAACCAGCAAAGACCUUCAGUUUUGAUUACUCCUACUGGUCGCACACUACGCCGGAAGACCCCUCCUUUGCAUCACAGAACCUUGUGUAUAAUGACAUUGGAAAGGAAAUGUUGGCGCAUGCCUUUGAGGGCUACAACGUCUGCAUCUUUGCUUACGGCCAGACUGGAGCUGGCAAAUCCUACACCAUGAUGGGCAAGCAGGAGGAAGGACAGGAAGGAAUCAUUCCAAUGCUCUGUGAAGAUCUAUUUGAGAAAAUCAAUGAGGACAGCAACAAAGAGGAUCUCUCCUACUCAGUAGAGGUCAGUUACAUGGAGAUCUACUGUGAGCGGGUUCGAGACUUGCUCAAUCCCAAAAACAAAGGGCAUCUACGAGUGCGAGAACACCCUCUACUCGGUCCCUAUGUGGAGGAUCUGUCUAAGCUGGCCGUUACUUCCUACACUGACAUAGCAGAUCUAAUGGAUGCAGGAAAUAAGGCCAGGACUGUGGCUGCCACCAACAUGAACGAGACCAGCAGCAGGUCUCACGCUGUUUUCACCAUCGUCUUCACACAGCGGAAACAUGACAGCGAGACAGACCUCUCAACAGAAAAGGUCAGCAAAAUUAGUCUUGUAGACUUGGCAGGGAGUGAACGAGCAGAUUCCACUGGAGCUAAAGGUACCAGGCUAAAGGAGGGAGCAAACAUCAACAAGUCUCUCACUACGUUAGGAAAGGUUAUAUCUGCUUUGGCUGAAGUGGAUAACUGUACCAGCAAGAGCAAGAAGAAGAAGAAGAGUGAUUUCAUCCCCUACAGAGACUCUGUUCUGACAUGGCUGCUGAGGGAGAACCUCGGUGGAAACUCCAGGACGGCUAUGGUAGCUGCCCUCAGUCCUGCCGACAUCAACUACGAUGAAACCCUCAGUACACUCCGCUAUGCUGACCGCGCCAAGAACAUCAAAUGUAAUGCUGUCAUCAAUGAGGAUCCCAACAAUAAGCUUGUGCGUGACCUCAAGGAUGAAGUGGCUCGACUCAAAGAGCUGCUUCGUGCCCAAGGCCUUGGAGACAUCCUGGACAUUGAUCCUAUGGGGGAUGAUUACCCAGGAAGUGGAAUCAAAUGUGACAGUGCUCAAAGCAUUAGAAUGGCACUUCUCAGUUCUCAAACUGAGGCACAGAGCUACAGACGCAAAGACCUCAAAGACAUUCAGAACAAUAAGAAUAGAUACUUGAUAGCCUCAGAGAACCAACGCCCUGGCCAUUUCUCCACAGCCCCUAUUGGUUCCCUGACAGCCUCUCCAUCCUCUGGCUCACUGUGCAGCCAGGGGGGCCUGCAGUCAGUCACCAGCAUCCAGGAACGCAUCAUGUCAACACCUGGAGGAGAGGAGGCUAUUGAGCGACUCAAGGAAUCAGAAAAGAUCAUUGCCGAGCUCAAUGAAACCUGGGAGGAGAAACUCAGAAAGACCGAGGCAAUCCGCAUGGAGAGGGAGGCCUUACUUGCAGAGAUGGGUGUUGCGAUCCGUGAAGACGGUGGCACUUUGGGCGUCUUCUCUCCUAAAAAGCUUAGUCGUGAAGGACUAUUUGAUGAGCAGUUUGAUUGUUUUGCCACCAAGAAGCACUGUGAUCUCUAUGCAGACUUAAAUGGGGUGUUUUCCCCUAAAAAGACUCCACACUUGGUUAACCUGAACGAGGAUCCUCUCAUGUCAGAGUGUCUGCUCUACUACAUCAAAGACGGAAUUACAAGGGUGGGUCAAGCGGAUGCUGAAAGACGGCAAGACAUUGUUUUAAGCGGGGCUCAUAUCAAGGAAGAGCACUGUAUCUUCCGCAGUGAGAGAAAUGCCAAUGGAGAUGUGAUCGUCAUGUUGGUACCCUGUGAGGGAUCAGAAACCUACGUCAAUGGAAAACGCGUUGAUGAUUCCAUUCAGCUUCGAUCUGGCAACCGCAUAAUUAUGGGAAAGAACCAUGUUUUCCGGUUCAACCACCCAGAGCAGGCCAGGGCCGAAAGGGAAAAGACACCAUCAGCUGAAACCCCCGUGGAGCCAGUAGACUGGACCUUCGCUCAGAGGGAGCUCCUGGAAAAGCAGGGUAUCGACAUGAAGCAGGAGAUGGAGAAAAGGCUGACUGAGAUGGAAAUAUUGUACAAAAAGGAGAAGGAAGAAGCUGACCAACUUCUGGAACAACAGAGACUGGUAUACGAGAGCAAAUUGCAGGAACUUCAGAAACAGGUUGAGACUCGAUCACUAGUAGCUGAGACGCCUGAUGAAGAAGAUCUGGAGGAGGAGGAGGAAGAGGAAGAGCCUAAACUGUCUGGAUUGCCGUGGACUCAGCAUGAGUUUGAGCUUGCACAGUGGGCCUUCAGAAAGUGGAGGUACCAUCAGUUCACCUCCCUCCGUGACCAGCUGUGGGGAAACGCCGUAUACCUGAAAGAAGCCAAUGCUAUCAGCGUGGAGCUAAAGAAGAAGGUCCAGUUCCAGUUUGUCCUGCUCACAGACACCUUGUACUCUCCACUUCCCCCUGAACUGCUGCCUCCAGAGCCAGAGAAGGAGCGCGACUCCAGGCCUUUCCCUCGCACCGUGGUGGCUGUGGAAGUCCAGGACCUUAAGAACGGGGCCACUCACUACUGGUCCCUCGAUAAACUCAAACAAAGGUUGGACCAGAUGAGGGAGAUGUAUGAUCGGGCUGGAGAAAUGGCUUCCACUCAUCAAGAGGACGGCGAGGGCACUCUGACUGGAAAUGAUCCUUUCUACGACCGCUUCCAUUGGUUUAAACUCGUUGGGAGUUCCCCGAUCUUCCACGGUUGUGUUAAUGAACGUCUGGCCGACCGCACGCCCUCACCCACCUUCUCCACCACCGACUCUGAGAUCACCGAGCUGGCGGACGAGCGCCAGAGUGAAAUGUCUGACCUGAUUGAUGACGAGGCGUUUGUGGACGACACCAGCUCGGACGCCGGCACGGAAGAGGGCUCGGACAUCUUCAGCGACGGCCAAGACCCCUUCUACGACCGCUCCCCCUGGUUCAUCCUGGUGGGAAGAGCUUUUGUGUACCUGAGCAACCUGCUGUACCCUGUACCACUGGUUCACCGUGUUGCCAUAGUAACAGAAAAGGGCGAUGUGCGUGGUUUCUUGCGUGUGGGGGUCCAGGCUAUCGCUGCUGAUGAGGAAGCUCCAGACUAUGGGUCAGGAGUUCGACAGUCAGGAACUGCAAAGAUUUCCUUCGAUGAUGAAUACUUCAAAAAGAACGACUUUCCAUCCACGGUCAUGACUCGCUCCGGCAUGUCCCUGGAAGAGCUGCGCAUUGUGGAGGGCCAGGGUCAGAGUUCAGAGGUCAUCACACCCUCGGAGGAGCUCAACAGAAUCAAUGACAUGGACCUCAAGCUGGGUAACAUUACAGACACAAAGCUAAGCUGUGGUGAAGACUUAGCAGGCCAGCUGGAGGUGGGCAGCAUCUUUACCUUCCGUGUUACUGUGCUGCAGGCCAGUGGUAUCCCACCAGAGUAUGCUGACAUCUUCUGCCAGUUCAAUUUCUUGCAUCGCCACGAUGAGGCUUUUUCUACUGAGCCUUUGAAGAAUACUGGCAAAGGAGCUCCUCUGGGCUUUUAUCACGUCCAGAAUAUUUCAGUGGAGGUGACAGAGUCUUUUAUUGAGUACAUCAAGAGUAAGCCCAUCGUGUUUGAAGUUUUCGGCCACUACCAGCAGCACCCGCUGCACCAUCAGGGACAGGACCUGAUCAGUCCUCCGACACCAUCAAGGAAAUACUACCCUAUUCCCAUGCCUCUGUCUAAGCCAGACCACACCCGUAAGAUAGAGUUGAUCCGCUUCCUGAUGAGCGGCUAUGUGAAUGGCACAGUGCUGGACACGUUGUCCGAACACGCCAACGCCCUGGCUUCCACUGCCGUGGCCAGUCUGGAGGACGAGGCCGAGCAGCUCUCUCACUUCCCCUUCCUCUCAGUGCCCUAUGACACUGUGCUAACUGUGCCCAGACACCACGUUCCAGCCACUAAGUUGAACACCAUCACCAAGUCCAACCUGGGCCAGUGCGUCAGCAAGUACGACCUGCUGGUUUGGUUUGAGAUCAGCGAACUGGAGCCCACUGGAGAGUACAUUCCCGCUGUGGUGGAUCACAGUGGAGGUCUGCCCUGCCACGGCACCUACCUACUGCACCAGGGGAUCCAGCGGAGGAUCACAGUGACUCUCAUCCAUGAGAAGGGUAGCGAGCUGCACUGGAAGGAUGUUCGUGAGCUGGUUGUGGGUCGUAUCAGGAACAAAGCCGAAGUGGACGACAGCGCCGCUGAUGCUGUUUUGUCGCUCAACAUCAUUUCUGCUAAAAACAUCAAGUCAUCCCAUAAUUCCAACAGGCUUUCUAUUGAUAAGGAUAUUGAUAGGACCUUCUACCGCUUCGAAGCAGUGUGGGACAGCUCGCUGCACAACUCCCUCCUGCUAAACCGAGUCACUCCUUAUGGAGAGAAGAUCUACAUGACCCUCUCAGCGUACCUGGAGCUUGACCACUGCAUCCAACCAGCUAUCAUCACCAAAGACAUCUGCAUGGUCUUCUACUCCCGAGACGCGAAGAUCUCCCCUCCACGUUCCCUCAGGAACUUCUUCGGGAGCGGAUACUCCAAAACCCCCGACUGCAACCGUGUCACUGGUAUCUAUGAGCUGAGCUUGUGCAAGAUGUCGGACACUGGAAGCCCAGGGAUGCAGAGGAGGAGGAGGAAGGUCCUGGAUACAUCAGUGGCAUAUGUGCGGGGAGAGGAGAACCUGGCCGGGUGGAGGCCCAGAGGAGACAGUCUCAUCCUGGAGCACCAGUGGGAGCUGGAGAAAAUGGAGCAGCUGCAUGAGGUGGAGAAGACCCGACACCUGCUCCUGCUGAGGGAGAAGCUGGGGGAGGCAGCCCCGGUGGGAACAGCCCCCACCGCCAAGUCCCUGAGCGACUGUCUGUCUCCCAGCAUGAGCUCCGGCUCCUUGUCCACCUCCACUUCCAUCUCCUCGCAGAUCUCCAGCACCACCUUCGAAAGCGCCAUCACACCCAGCGAGAGCAGCGGCUACGACUCCGCCGACAUCGAGAGCCUGGUGGAUCGUGAGAAGGAGCUGGCGACGAAGUGCUUGCGGCUCCUGACACACACCUUCAACAGUGAAUACAACCAGGUGGUCAACAGUAUCAGUGACUGCAAGCUCUCAGACAUCUCUCCGAUGGGCCGUGACCCCUCUGUGACCAGCUUCAGCAGCGCCACCCUCACCCCAUCCUCCACCUGCCCCUCCCUGUCUGACUCCCGCUGUGGCUCCGUAGAUCAGAAGACUCCAGAGAACAGCUCCCGUGCCUCCAGCCCGUCUUGCUCAGACUAUGAAAACUUCCCGAUGGUUCCAACUCUGGAGACGUCCUACCUUGCACGGGCUGGAAAGAAUGAGUUCCUAAAUUUGGUGCCUGAUAUUGAAGAAAUGAGGCCAGGAUCUGUUGUGUCCAAGAAGGGUUUCUUAAGCUUCAUGGAGCCACGUUCCAACUCCUGGGUGAAGCACUUUGUGGUCGUGCGUCGACCCUACGUCUUCAUCUACAACAACGACAAGGACCCGGUGGAACGAGGCGUCCUCAACCUUUCCACAGCACAAGUGGAAUACAGUGAAGACCAGCAGGCCAUGCUCAAGACUCCCAACACAUUCGCUGUGUGCACAAAACACAGAGGCAUCCUCCUGCAGGCCAACAACGAGAAGGACAUGAACGACUGGUUGUACGCGUUUAACCCUCUGCUGGCAGGAACGAUAAGAUCGAAGCUGGCCAGGAGGCGCAGCGGCCUAACAAAGAACUGACGGCACACAGGAAACCACAGCUUCCAUUCUUCUGAAAAGCUGAAAAGCCUUUGAACUUACCAAGUGUUAACACUUAUUAAUCAUUGUGAUUCUUGACGGUUUUCUCUUGUAAGUAGACUUGUGGCUUAAGUCUCCUUUCAUGCGACUAAAAGUUUCAGUUCCAGAGAAAUUUGCCUCCCUCUCCCCUUCCAACAGCCCCUCUGCCGACUUUACGUACUCUCCUCCUCUCUAUUUCUCCCCCCUUCUCCUCUGCUUUUUGUGUUUUUGUUUUUUAUGACAAUGUUUGGGGUUGAUUUGGUUCCGCUUCGUUGUCAUUCCUAAACUCCCUAACUAGUAGCAUGUCGUAAUAGUCUACUUGUGUGUGCACGAUUCUUCGGAAAACUGUUCUUUCUGGCCACUAAUUUUCAGUUUGCCAAUCAUCUGUAAAAACAAAAAAAACGUCUCUAUCAGUGUUAUUUGUCUUUUUAUUUUGAGUUUUUUUGUUGUUUUUUUUUUGUAUUAAAAUGCCCGCACGAUAACUGCAGCAGUCCUCAGGAGAAGAGCAGGUUUGCUUACACAAAAAAGAAGAAAAAAAAAAUAAGCCAAGUACCUACAUCUGAAACCAUGAAGGGAAAAUAUCAAAUAUCUCUAAGUGACGUAUUAGUUUAUGCUCUGCUACAGAAAGCAAGGCUACAACCACAAUUAUUGCUGCUAAUGAAUUCAUAGAUUUUCUCCUCUUUAUGAGAUUUGCAUCAGACCGCUGCCUCUUCUUAAAGUAGACUUUAGCUUCCACGUAUCGUCUCCUACAAGGCAUUUAGGAUCCAAACUCCGAACUGAAAAAUCUCUUCCCGACUCAGCGAGACAUAAGGGCAGCACUGGAUUCCCACUGUCGUCCAUGUGAUAUUAAAACCCCUCCUCGGUCCGUGUACAUACACCGAUGCCAACCCCCGAUAGUGCCGUCAGUCAGUGAGUGAAUCCUUACAAUCAUGCAUUUGUGUCAACAUAAAAUAAAAUUAAAAAAAAAAAAUACACGCUAACUGCAGAAACAUGCAAAACUGUAAGAAGAUCAUUCAUGUCUCGGCAGUAAAAACAUGAAGAGUCAAUAUUUGUUGCUGCUUUUCAGACGUUUUAACUGAAAAAACAGGGUUUGGAGGAGAUGAGGAGGAGGAGGAGGAAGACGGACGUACUCUAAAGAGAGAAUAAUAUUUGUACAUACAGUAGGAUCUGGGAUUAGUGUGUUAGUUAACUCAUGUAAGACAUUCCUCUCAGCUCAUUUUACACAUUUUUUUCCUCUUUUUUUUUUUUUUUUUUUUUACACUAUGUUGAGUCUCAAACCACAACCGAGCCUCAACAUCCGUGUUCGUUUUCGUAACCAUCACUGACCCGUGAUACCGAAGACAAAACCUAGUGAAAAAUGGAUAAUGAAGAAAGAGAAGGAAGUCUGUACAAUUUAACCUUGACGUCGGUAGUUACAGUAAACUGAUGAAGCUGCUAGAACACAAACCUGCAGGACUAGACACAGUAAAAGCAGUAGCGUGGACACACCUUCACCGGUUACCAUUUUAUUUUUUGCGACUUUUAACCUCAUCUAACUUAUUUUUUUUUGUUGUUGGUUUUAUAAUUCUGACUAACAUCGCUGAUUGUUUUUCUAUUCUGCUUUUAAUCAUUCCAUCGUGACGUUUUCUACAAAAUGUAAAAGAGGGCAUUUAUUUCUCAAAUUUUUAACCUUAUUUUGCACAUUAACUCACAUAUCUAUAGCAAGAAAAGGGCAGAUCAUACAUGAGGUCAAGAUUAUGUCUCAGCAUCAUGUGAGUAUCAGGAACAUUGAUGAGAGCACAUAUCAAGGCUACACUGGAUAGCUGUUUUUCACUGAAGGUUUACUAGAAAGUCAAUAUUAAAGGGAAGAAAUAUCCUCAAAGCUUUUAUUUCUGAUGUUGUCGGUGAAAAUAUUUGCUCUGCGCUGCUACUUUUGGGGCUUAAAUUCUGACUUUUUCAGCGCUUCUGUUUCUAAAGUUUGCAGAACUGUGACUCGGUACAGAUUGGUGUUAGUAAACUCUGGCCAAACAACCAGCAGUACGCCUUCUGUAUUGGGAAAAAAAAAGGACAGAAAUGGGUAGAAACAGAGGUACUGAAAUGAGAAGCACUUGAUUGCCUGUUACAUUGUGCAUUUAGUGGUGAAAACUAAAAAAAAACCUCAAAAAUGUCUCUUCCCUCAGGUCGGUCAACCUGCUGGUUAGAGAUAAAAGACAAAAACACCAAAAAAAAAACCUUCUAUGCACAUAUUAAACGUGCUCCGUCAGGCAGAAAUCUUGAAAAUCCUGAAUCUUGAACCGGACCUGGGCAAAUAUUUUCACUCCACUAACUAAUCUGCAGAGGUAUAACAUUAUUUUGGAUUGUGUAUUUAUUGUUUGCAAUGUAUAUAUUAGUUUGCAGCUCUUUGCACAUAUUAAUAAAAGGUUCAACUAACUGAUCAUAUAAAGUCUGUGCGGUUUAGUUGUUCUACUCAGAAUGAACCAAAUGAUGGUGUGGCAGCCUCCUCCGGUCCGGUUCUGAUCCGAUCCAGAGGAGAGUUGAAUGUACUAAUGAUAUUGUGUGUUUAACAAAAACAAGAGUCGGUGGGAAAA